UAUAAAUGAGGAAGAACAUUCGUAAUAAAGAGAAGAUCAAGGUGGCUAUAAGGCUCAGGCCUUAUAUAGACCAGGACAUCACUAAUAACGUUGAUCUUGAACAGCAGAUGCAGGAGGAUCAGAGAUUGCUGUAUAUAAAGGAUAACCGCACUGUCAUCACAAAUUCGAAAGUUAAAUAAGGCACAUAAGUUCGACAAGGUUCUCUCUGAAGAAAUGUCACAGCAGGAUUUAUAUGAAGAAUGCAGAAUUGAUAAGUAUGUUGACCAUGUUGUCGAUGGCUAUAACGCAACCGUGUUUGCAUAUGGCCAAACCGGCUCUGGUAAGACUUUCACAAUGGAGGGCUAUAAAUAUAAGAUGAAUGAAACUCUAAAUGGAUUCUCACAGUUUGAGUCCACACCAGUCGCCAUGACUAGACAGAAUGAGAAUAUUGGAAUUAUUCCUAGGAUUGUAGGAGAACUAUUUCAUAAAAUACAAGGAGUAGAGCUUAAGAAGUAUAGAAUUUAUUGUUCUUAUCUCCAAAUAUAUCAAGAGAAGAUUUAUGAUCUCCUAAAUCCGCUUCAUUCGAGGAAGGAAUAUUUGCAAUCAAGUAACAAUCAGCAACCAGAGGGGCUCAAGCUGCACUUUGAUGCACGAAAUGAUCGAUUUAAUGUUGACAAUCUUUAUAAAUUUGAAUGCAAGAAUGCGAAAGAGCUGAUGAAUUACUUCCAUUAUGGGCUAAAGAAUAAAGUAAUGUCUUCACAUGCUCUUAAUGAAGCUAGUUCAAGAUCGCAUUGCAUCCUGUCCAUCACUGUUGAAUCUAUUGAAAGGGAAAAUCCUGAUAAUAUAAUAGUCAGCACAAUGCAACUAGUAGAUCUAGCAGGUUCUGAGAGAUCAAGCCAAACUCUAAAUGCAAACCUGAGUGAACAGAUUAGUUUAAAGCUCAAGAAAGAAGCUAUCGAAAUUAAUAAAUCUCUUUUCACUCUUAGGCAGGUUGUUUCAAUGCUAAAUAAGGCAGAAGGAGGAAAAGGAAAUUAUGUACCUUAUAGAGAGUCUAAGCUGACUAGUUUGCUAAAACAUAGUCUAGGAGGCAACAGUUUCUGCCUAAUGAUCGCCUGUAUCUCACCAAGCAGUAAGUUCUUUAAUGAGAACAUCAGCACACUAAUGUAUGCUUCGAAGGCAUCUUGAAUAUCUAAUAAACCUAUUAAGAAUCAUGAUCCCAAGAACAAGGUCAUAUCUGGGCUGAAGAAGGAAGUUCAGUCUUUAAGAAACCAGCUUAUGAUGGCUCAUAACUUGAUGGGCAAGGGCAAAAAUCUCUGUAGUAAAUGUGGAAAAUAACCUCUCCGACAGUGAUGAAGAUAGUGCAGAGUCUUUACCAAAUAUGGUAGUUGAGCCCCAAGAUCACCUCAAGUCUUCAUUAGUAGGCCCAGCAAGCAUUGCACAGGAUGAAGAUAAUAAGAGUAAUUCUAAACUAAAUCUUUCUCGGCUUAAUAGCGAGAAACAGCCUCAAUUGCCUGACUUUAAGAAAAUGUUUGAGAAAAAUGAGACGAUGAUGGACAAGAUGACUGAAGAUUUAAUGUCACUCAAAGAGAUCAUGUCUGCCCAAAACAAACUAGGGCUAUUUGAAAGAAUCUUAUUGAGUGCGAAGAUGGUCAAGAAUGUGCUCAAGAGAAACCUUGAGCUCAAUAAAGAUUACAUGGACCACACUCUAGAGAUUGACGAACUUCAGAAGAAUGUCGCACAAUUCCAGCUGGAGAAUGAGGAAAUAAGAGAUAGACUGAGCAUCAUGGAGGCUCUGACAGGGACUGAUUCAUACUACAUCCAGAUGAAUUACUCUUCAGUCAAGGACGAGUUGAUUGCUGAUCUUGGUAAGAAAGAGAAGAUGGGCAUGCUCGACCAAGACAAAAUGAUAGCACUGAUUUAUGAAUUUAAUAAGGAAAAUAGUAUUUUGAAGAAGAGAAUUGAAAGAAUAGAAAAGAAGAAAAUUAGAAAUAAGUUCAUGCAAAUCAAUGAUGGAAUGAAUUCCACGGACUAUUCGAGUAAUAAUGUUGCCCAGAACAAAUAUUUCAUGGGGAAUGGGAACACUCAGAGGGUCGAUAAUGAGCUUGAUGAUAAGAGUUAUGCACGAGGUUAUAGAUGAAAUACUUCUCCUAAAUUUCAAGAAAGAGACUGAGAUACUGAACCUGUGAGAUGAGUUGUCGAUGCUUCUGAGAUUAAUCAAAGUAUGAAUAUGAAUCAGCAUUAUAUGAAUAACGGAUAUCAAUUGGAGCCAGUUACAACUCAUAAGAGAUUUAAAAAUCAUCUUGAAAGAAGAGAUAAACUACUUAAAGAUUCAUCAAGAGGCAUAGAUUAUCAGCAAUAUGAUACUCUAAAUAGCAGCUUAUUAAAUUACGAAGAUGCAGAUUCCCAGAUCCAUUUUGAAAAGCGUCUUAAAAAGAGGACAAUGACCGCAAUCAGGCACAAAAAGGGCGCAUCAAUUAACGUCAACCAGUCCAUCUACAACAUCGGCACUGACAACUUCCGUCCCAAAAUCAAACGAAGGAAGCAACAAAGUUUCAUCGCUCCCUUACCCCCUACAAAGACAUCCACCUCUCGUAUGAGAAGCUACUCCCGUAAAUUCUAAAAAUCCCUAGUUCUCUCAUUCACUACCUCAGUUUUA